CCAUGGCCAAUGCUCCUGCUAUUGUAAGUGCAACUAAGCCAGUUCUACGUGGCCUACAUAAUGCUACAAUUAAAAAGAACUUGACUAUUUCAAUUGCUUUAACAGCACUAGUAACAGUAGGCUGGCAUUUCUUGGUCAACAAACCAAAAAAGGAUGCUUACGCUGAAUUUUACAAAAAUUACGAUGCGCAAAAGUCGUUUGAACGGAUGAAGGCAAAUGGUCGUUUCCAAGGAUGUUAGAUACAUGGGAUGUUACAAAUGUGAAGUUGUUACAAAUAAGCUGAAAAUUAUGCCUAUGCAAUUCGAGUGAAAAUAUAGUGAUUCACAAAUUGGCAAAAAAUGUUUUUGAUUUUUAUUUUUUACAUAUCAAUAAUUGGAGAAAAAGUAAUUAAUAACUAUUAUUAACCGAUGGAACAAAGAUAUAAAUAUAUAUUAAAAUCUAA